CCGCACACACCGGCCGCGGGAGCGGAGGCCUCAGUACGACACCGCCUCCCUCCGCGCACGCACGCGGGACCGCGACUCCGGACCGAGGACACCCGACGACGGAGGUCGCCGCCGACCUCCGAGAGCACCCGGGAGUCCGACCGCGGAUCGGGAAGAGACGGCGCGAGGUAGCGAGAUCGGACAGAGCACGCGGUGGGACCCGCGACAGGGUGUUCGAGUGCGGAGCUGGGGGCACCCGGAAGGGGUCCCUCGAUGGGGCCGGUCGAUAGGGCCUCCGCUCCCAGCCCGGUGGGCCCCGCGGUUUGCCGUAGGUAGUCGCGCCUACGGACCUCGUAAAGAAGAACCGGACGGUUUUAUUGCCCCGGCCACGUGGCGCGGACUCGUAAACCUGCCCGAUCGCCGUGGUCCCCUUGGUCCUCCUGUCGGCUGGUCGUUAGCGGGUCGUCGAGUAGUCGUCGGGGUCGCGAGGAGCCCUAGGAACCCGGAGGUGCCGACUCGAGGGAGAAGAGCAGCGAGAUGGGACGACCCGGACGGGACUAGGUGGAAACGCCGCGAGGACCAUCGACGCGGUCUCGGGGACCGGGAUCUGGAUCUGGGAAGCGGUGGCGACACCCUCCUGGAAAAUGAGUUCCUACCAGUUCGUCAACUCGCUGGCCUCGUGUUACGCCGGCCAACCCGGGCAGCAACAGCCCAGGCCCGCUGCCAGCUCCCCUGGCGAACCCCUGCAGGCUGCGUCGCCCGCGGGCCACGCCGGGCCCGACUAUUACAACCCCAACGCCGCCGCGGCCACGGGGUAUCCGACCCCGUGCUACUCGCCUCAGCAGCACUAUCCUCAGCAUCCCUAUGCGGCACCCGCGGCCGGGAUGCAGCACGCGGCCCCCACAGGGAUGAUCGACUACACCCAGCUGCAACCCCAGCCUAGGCUCAAUGCCACCGCGACCUCCCAGCAACACCUGCACGCCCAACAGGCCCAGCACCACCCGCAGCCGCCGCCGCAGCCCCAGGCUCAGCAACACCAUCCCCAGCAGCUGCAUCCCGAUCCUGCCGCGCCCUUGCUGCAGGCCGCGGCCGCCACCUCUGCGCCCUCCACCUCCAGCUGCAAGUACGCGGACUCGACCUCUUCCACCGGGGUCGCCUCGCCCCAGGACCUCACGACCUCCACCUCCAGGAACAGCCCCACGCCCCUCGUGGCCCCUGGGACCAGCAAGAGCGCCUCCGGUCUCACCUCGCCCCCGGGGGCUUCGUCCAGGUCCUCCGUCGCUGCGGCUACCGCCGCGUCUCCUGGUGGUACCAACCCCAGGGGGGUCUCCGAAGGCAGUUCCGCCCUCGCCUCGGCUUCCGCUGCGUCCUCGCCGGCAUCCUCCACGUCCAGCACCUCCAGCACCGGGAACAACUCCUCCAACAAGGGCAACGCUUCCGGCAACAACCCGCCGCAGAUCUACCCCUGGAUGAAGAGGGUCCACAUCGGACAGAGUACCGUCAACGCCAACGGCGAGACCAAGCGACAGAGGACCUCGUACACGAGGUACCAGACUCUGGAGCUGGAAAAGGAGUUCCACUUCAAUCGGUACUUGACGAGGCGGCGACGCAUCGAGAUCGCCCACGCACUCUGCCUGACCGAGAGGCAGAUCAAGAUCUGGUUCCAGAACCGGCGGAUGAAGUGGAAGAAGGAGCACAAGAUGGCCAGCAUGAACAUCGUGCCCUACCACAUGUCGCCGUAUGGCCACCCUUACCAGUUCGCGCCGCACCCUGGCCAGUUCGCGCAUUUGGCCACAUAGGACGAGUUCUCGCCCGCCGAGCUCGGAGCACACGCAGUCCGGUUCCCCGGGAUGUACGGCGAGCAGAACUUCUAGGCUACUUCGAACCGUCUCGAGCCGAUUCGAGCCGAUUCCGAUCGGUCCCCAGGACCCCGCCAGAAGGAUCCUGGCGGACUCGAGGACGAGAACGAAGCAUUUCGUCGACACUUCGGGCCGAUCCGCGAAAUAGGGAUCCAAUGAUCCGCAAGAUAGGACCUAACAAUCGUCCGGAACUGCCGAAGAGCUCGCCGACGUCCUCGACACGCAUUAACUGUGCUGGAGACCUUGACGCUCUUCGGCUCUUCUUGGCUGGAUCUUCAAGAUCUCCUUGGCUUUUGAAGUGACCAGACGAGCCCGAGGUGGCGACGAAGUGCGAGCUCUUCUCAAGCGAGCAUUCGAAGCUGAAGCCGAAAUUUCUGCGAAGUGAGCCGUGCGCCCGACGUGAAAGAAAGAGACUGGACGCGCUCCGAGGGGCCUGCCACAAUUACAAACGAUAAAUUAAAAAUCCGUGGCCAAGCCUUCUCGGCGGACGAGAUGAUCGAAUACCCCUAGAGUAAGUGUAGCGACUAGCGACCUAAACUAAAACCGUAAAUUAAUUGCCGUUAUUUCUCUAGCUCUGCGCGCCGUUUCCCGCGUCGACUUCCACCGGAGGUGCGAGGACUCCUCGUGAUCGGUGAAAUGUCUCACCCGAUUCCCUAUUCUCCUGGAUCUCUGGUUAAGGACGCCGAGAGGCUCCUCCCAGGUGAGGUCCACGUAGAAACGUGAAUUCGAUCCCGGAAACCUAUUAUGUCCUCCCUUAGUUGCAUAAGAGACCUGCUAAUGCUCAAAGUGUACUUGACUGUGGCUCGCCGAGUUCCGGUGGGUUUCCAAAAGAAAAGAAUAUUUCUAAAUCAUCUUUUCCUAGGAAUUAUCAAAUCUCUGGUACGACAGACGGAGGAAGGUGACGUUCUCCAUUGAUACAAUUUAUUUCUGGACCUCUGAGUUUUUGGCUUCGGAGUCAGAGAUGAAUGGCGAACGAUAUCCGUCGAGGUUCGAGACGGAGUCACUUCUUCUUUUUGUUAUUGUUAUAUUCUUUCUCGCCGCGCUAUUCGCGAAUUGCGGAAACCCCUUGGCAACUCAGCUGACGGAACAUCGUCGUUCGGGUCGUUUGACAUCUCCCGCACUCGGACGCGCAAAGUUCGGAAUAGCGAUCUCGUGAAUUCCUCUCUCAAGGACAGGGAGAUAUUAAUUGUGUCUGGGCAAAAAUCAGAAAUGCCAUUUACCGCAACAAUUGCAACUAAAUAAUUCCUCCGACACCUCGCGAAGGUACUCUAAAUAAAUUCUUUUUCCACGUUAAUUGUCCGAAGUUACAUAACCUCCAGACGCAAUGAUCUCACCAAACACGCGGACGAGCUUUUCCGAAAUUUGCAACCACCGCCAAGACGAGCUACCGAGUCCCCGGAAGCUCUCUGUAAAUAGUGUGCACCUCGCGUCGUAACCCGAGGUCUCCCCAGGAGUGCACCGUUAAAAAUAACUGGCUCUGAUUAAAAGGACAUACCGAUAGCGAUUACCCCUCCCGAGGUCUAUAUCGCUGCAGAAUCAAUUACCGAAGUCCCUGGAAAAGUAUCUCGAGGGCGCGAAAUUCCUGGAAAAAUAUUCCGGCGGUGCAGAAAUGCCCGGGCUAAUUUUUCCAGAAAUUUAAAGGAUGCUGAACGAGCAGGAGAGGGUCUGUUCAGGACCCUUGCGAUAAGUGCUGUCUCCAUGCGAGGCGAAUUAAGGUGGGCGGUUAUUUUUAACAGGUCGUCUAUACCUGGCGUAGGUGCAGGUGUAUUUGUGCGCAUAAUUGGUUAAUAAAUUCGGCAGCAAAUCGCCCGUUAGCUGGUAAAUGGGCCGCAGUUGUGUAAAUUAGCUGGCGAGGUGGGGCGCGCAUGCGCGGCCCUCUCUCGUGUAAUUGGAUAUAUUUCUUGUGAUACGGAAAAGAGCCGUCGCGACGCCGGGUUCAGUUUUGACGAGGUUGUGCGACACGAGGAAGCAAAUUCGGAGGCAUACAGGGAUAUCCAAGUAUAUACAUAUAUAAAUAUAUAUAUUACGUGUAACGAGGAGCCGAACGAACGGGGAGGUGCGGAGGUUUUAACGAGAUGUCGCGAAUUGUACAUACAUAUGAUUAUCGGGUAUACGAGAGCGCGAUUAUAUAUGCCAUGUUAUAUAUUGUACGAGGCGUUUCGGAAACGACGGAGGUCCGUGGCCUCCUCGGAGAUUCCUGGUGAAUUCCGAGCGGCGUGUGCACUCGGAAACGCGAAUAAUCCGAUUACGGGGAGGGAAAUAUGUACUUACCGCGCGUACUUACGAGGAGAUUACCCCGGGAAAUUUGAAAGUGCAGGAGCGUGGUAACGCUUUGCCCGUCGCGCGGGAUAAGUUCGCGUUUAUCUUUAGCCCUCUAUAAAAUCCCCGCAGAAAAUUUCCGACUGUUGUUCGCAAUGCUUAGAUACUUCGCAAGGGUAUUAUUCAGCGUAUUCAGAGAUACUUGUGACUUUUUACACGGUGGAGAACAACCCAGUCUGCGAUUCCUCGUUUUGCACGUUAAGUUAAUCCAAGCCGCGAACCGGUGUGCAUUUUGCGACCGGCUGCAACUUGUACAGUGUUAAUUAAUUAACGUUAACGACGGGGACAUUUCCGCGUUGGUAAGAUGCCGAAGAGAGUCGCGGAACGCCUCGGUUCUCCGUUUCAUGCACCCAGGGAACACGUCGAAAUGAUAUGCACUUUUGAUAUGCAGUCAAGCCGAGCGGUUUGCAACGCAACGAAGCGUCGAUUUCCGCGGCCGGGAAAAUCGCAGAAGUGAACCGUGGGAUGCGGAAAUCUCCGAUUUUGGGCCCCGCAGAGUCGGCCAGAGUUCCGCUGCGUUCUUCAAGAUCGGGAUCUUCUACUUCUGCGGAUUUUGCAAAUCGAGUCCAUUUUCUCGACCUCUCUAUCCCGGGGAUUAUUUCAUUCUCCGUUGUUCAACACACGCGGGGAGGGAAUUUCUUUUUUUUUUUAAUUCGUAAUCAAAAUAUAUAUCAUGUCCUGAUAUAUUUCGAUUAUCACACAAUGUUAUCCUUCUCCUGCAGGUGUAAAAACAUUUUGUUUCAAUCCAGUCCCUUUAUCCAAUUUUCCUCCCCUUGAAGAUAAGCAACGCGAGGAGCGAGCGAGCGAAUCUCUUGGAAACAUACGAGGGCGUCUUGACCUACUGAGAUUAUUUAUAUUAAAUAUCGUUAUAUCGACCCCCCCCCCCUGCAGGUCGAUACAUCCGAUAUUCGCGUAAAGAUAGACUGAUUCCUCGUCCCUCGUGGAACCCCCGCGUCCUGAGACGAAGAGAAAUACUCCCACGAGAUGAUAACGCGUAUUCGGUGAGGAAGUUCUUUCUUCGACGCCUGGUACCGUAGACGUAUUUAAACGAUCCAAUAGUAACGACUAUUACUAUUAUUAUUAUAAAUAUAAAUAUAUAUAGAAAAAAUAUAUAUAUACAGAGUGAUUAUGUUGCUAACGACUUGGUCCAGUGUUAAUAUUGUAUUUUAUUUGUUUCGUUAUGAAGUUUUCCUUUUUUCCUCUGUCUCUCUUUCUCUCUCUGUCUCUCUCUCUCUGUCUCUCUCUUUGUUGUUCACGCCGCGUGUCGGUAAAACACGCUCCGUACCUACGAACGUGCAUAAUGAAUUACGUGAGGUCAUGCUCGUACAUCUGUCGCGAGGUCAGCGCACUUUAAUCGGCCAUAUUUCAAAGCUUCGAAGAAAGAACCAGUUUAUGAGCCUCUCUUAUCGGUUGUUUGUUCAUUUCACGUAAAAAAAAAUAAAUAAAUAAAUUUAGAGACUGAAUUUACCCCUUGUCGCGAUAGGUGUACGAGACGCGACCUACGGCCUAAGUUAAGCUAAAGUAUUACGUCCGCGUAGCGUUUUCAAAUGUUACUUCAUUCCAUGUAAUAUACGUAAUAGUCUAACUAAAUACCUACUUACUGCAUCUACGUAUCCUAGAGCACCGUACCGUGUAAGGCCAUAUAAUUAUAUAAUUUAAAUUGUAAUUAUUAAAUGGUAUGCCGUAAA